AUGAUGGAUCGGGUGGAGAGACAAGAUGCCACCCUUGCUGAGUUGCAAAGGGAACAAGGAGGCCGUAAGGUUCCCAAUGCAAGAAGGCAGGAGAGACAAGACCAUCAGUAUGAUGAUGAGCAGGAUGAUGGUGACUUUGAUGAUCAUGGAUCCAUGGUCAAUAUGGUAAUAACCAAGGUGGUAGGAGAGAUUUUCGGAGGAGAAAUCAGUGUAACAGAGACUUAA